AUGAGACUGAAACCACAGCAACGGCGACGCAAGACGGCAGUUAUUCUUCGAAUAUCAUCACCAGCAACGAUUUCUCACUAUAUCUCCAUCUUCUUCGGAGAAAUGCUCCGUCGCUACUUCUGUGAAUUCAAAUCCUCCACAUUGCUCCACCGUAUCCGACUUCCGGAGUACUUGGUCUCGUCUACCGACAUGCUCUCCUCUUCCCUGUCCUUCAACUCGUUGUCGGAGAGAGCUUAUUCUAGUCUGGAAACUGUUUUAAAGGAGGCAUCUAUGAACGACAGGACAGUUAUUUUAACUACUUUGAAUGAGGCUUGGGCGAAUCCAGAGAAUUCGAUUCUUGAUCUGUUUCUUGCAAGCUUUAGGUUUAGUCAAGAAACCAAUAGACUCUUGAAUCACUUGGUGAUUAUUGCUCUAGAUCAGAACGCAUUUGCAACUUGUAAGCGUGUUCAUACCCAUUGCUUUGCCCUCAGUAGUGAAGGAGUUGAUUUCUCUCAAGAGGCCUAUUUUAUGACCCCUGAUUACUUGAAGAUGAUGUGGCGAAGGGUUGAUUUCUUACGCUCUGUGCUUGAAAUGGGAUACAACUUUCUUUUCACUGAUGCUGAUGUCAUGUGGUUCAGGGAUCCUUUCCCUCAUUUCUAUUCGGAUGCUGAUUUUCAAAUUGCAUGCGACCAUUACUCUGGAAACUCGACUGAUGUUGAGACAAAUAUACCCAAUGGAGGAUUUAGUUUUGUGAGGUCAAAUAUCCGGUCAAUAGAGUUUUACAAGUACUGGUACUCUUCCAGAGUAAUCUAUCCAGACAUGCAUGAUCAGGAUGUCCUCAAUCGUAUAAAAUUUGAUUCAAUCCUUACAGACAUCAACCUGAAGUUGAGGUUUCUAGAUACAACGUAUUUUGGGGGAUUUUGUGAACCUAGCAAAGACUUGAACAAAGUGUGCACAAUGCAUGCAAAUUGUUGUGUUGGUCUGGAAAACAAAGUUCAUGAUCUUAGAAUCAUGCUUCAAGAUUGGAACAACUUCAUGGCUCUUCCUCCUAGCAUGAGGUCUGAAACAAAUUUAACUUGGAGGGAUCCUAAAAACUGCAGUCUUGCUUUGCGUAGACAUCUUGAUUUGUCUGAAGAUGGAACAAGUGGAGAAACGAUGAGUUAACAUUCUGCAUUUCCCGUUAGUUCCUCAAUGUAAAGAUAAAUCUUCUAACUUGU